AUGCCUAGCAUACGGAAAACGCUCGUUGCCGCGCUCAUGGCCUUUCCUGCGGCUAUGGGCCACAGCUGGGGCGAGCAACUUCGGAACAUCGACGACAAAGGCAACUACGUCGGCCAAUAUGGAUAUCCGCGGGGCUUUAUCGACAGACCCGAUGGUACAGACGACCCCAUGUCCUACCAAAUUCCUCAAGGCAGGGCGUAUAUCAACAAGGACGACCUGCUCUGCCCGGACGACCAACGUGAGCAGAAGCAGUCCGCCGACAAAUGGCCUCGUCUCAAAGCUCCGCCAGGUGGCUAUGUCGCUAUACGAUACCAAGAGAAUGGACAUGUUACAAGGCCGGAGAACAACCCCGAGAAGCCUGACAAGGGCGGCACAAUCUUCGUCUACGGUACCAAGGAACCAAAAGGUGAUGAGAAGCUUGUCGACGUGCUCCAGUGGACCAAAGAUGGUCAGGGUGGUGACAAGCGUGGAGUCCUGUUAGCUAUGACUGACUACGACGACGGACGCUGCUAUCUGAACAACAAGACGCCAGUCGCCUCAGAACGUGAAAAGUUCUCCCCUGCCUAUGCGAUGGGCACACCCCAGAGCGGACCUUCGAACACAGUCAUGUACUGCGAGACAGAUGUCAAGCUUCCAGACACGAUGGAACUCAGCAAAACCUAUACCUUGUACUGGGUUUGGCAAUGGGCUUCGAUUCCUGGCAAGGCUGGAAAGCAGCCUAAUGGUCUGGACGAGUACUAUACUACAUGCAUGGACAUCGACGCCGCCUCCCCUGAUGUUGCCAUGGCAGCUGAAGCUCCUGAAGCGAUGGCAAAGUUCCAGAUGCAGCAACAGGACGCUGGAACUGCCGCCCACCCUGACUGGAAAUCAAGAACUGCUCUUUUCACCGACUCACCAUUCAAGCGCGAAUACGGCCCUGUCACAUCUGAGAUCCCACUUCCAGGCGGGGGUUCUGGCUCUGGCGGAGCUCCUUUCCCCACCAACAGCACUCCGCCCGCGGGUCCUACAGCUCCAGUCACCACUAGCGCUAUUCCCGCUCCAAGUGCUGCACCUCCAGCCGCCAGCAACUCUCCUUCAAUUUCCGCCGUCGUUCCUUCUGCGACCGCCCAACUGCCAUCUCCCAGCAACUCCGCGGCCUCCAGCGCUACUAUAGAGAUCCCGACACUUUCAGGUCGACCCGGUGCCGCACCAACACCACCAGCCGGCAACAACGGCGUUGUCACAGUCACCGACACUGUCAUGGUCACUGUCACAGCUCCUGCUCCAACAGCGCCUGUUGCUACUCCGCCCGCUCCCCCGGCAGUCGCUCCCCCAGCUAUCACCCCUCGCGCAGUGCACAGUAUCUACCACAGGAAUGGUGCCAAGUUCAGAGGUCUAUAG